GAAAUUCACAGCCGUAAAACUAAAAAAUAAUAAUAUAUCCGUCUCGCCCGCACUUGCCAUCAUCACAAGUGAAAUAGUUCUCCUUUCUUUCUCCUCUUCUGCGAAUACAUCAUGAAUACAUUCAAUUAUAAACACGUGAAGUCGUGUUAAACAGCUGAUGCAUACAUCGUUUAUUUUAGUGAAGAACUGAACACAUUCUUUACUUUUGAUAAUGAAGAUAACUUCUUCUAAUGAUGAGGUUACUGAAGAGACGGGGACGUUCAAAGAUUUGGGCGUUGUUGACGUUUUAUGUGAAGCUUGCGAAGAGUUAAAAUGGAAACAGCCAUCAAAAAUUCAAAGAGAAGCCAUACCAGUUGCUUUGCAAGGAAAAGACAUUAUAGGCCUUGCUGAAACUGGUUCGGGGAAAACUGGUGCUUUUGCCCUGCCAAUAUUACAGGCUUUGCUGGAGAAUCCACAGAGAUAUUUUGCACUUAUAUUAACACCUACAAGAGAGCUUGCAUUCCAAAUAUCAGAACAAUUUGAAGCCCUUGGAGCAAGCAUAGGGGUGAAAUGUGCAGUGAUUGUUGGUGGGAUGGAUAUGGUAGCACAGGCCCUCCAGCUGUCCAAGAAGCCACACAUAAUUAUCGCAACACCUGGCAGACUGAUAGACCAUCUAGAAAACACAAAAGGAUUUAACUUGAAGGCAUUGAAGUACUUGGUAAUGGAUGAAGCUGACCGUAUCCUCAACAUGGACUUUGAGGUGGAAGUAGACAAGAUAUUGCGUGUAAUCCCUCGUGAGCGACGCACAUACCUGUUCUCGGCCACUAUGACGAAGAAAGUGCAGAAGUUACAACGCGCCUCAUUGCAGGACCCCGUCAAAGUGGAAGUGUCUACUAAGUACCAGACUGUCGAUAAACUGCAGCAGUACUAUGUAUUCAUUCCUGUGAAAUUUAAGGACGUGUACUUGGUGCACAUACUGAACGAGUUAUCGGGCAACUCUUUCAUAGUGUUCGUGUCGACCUGCGCGGGCGCACUGAGGGCGGCGUUAUUGCUCCGGAAUUUGGGGCUGGCGGCCGUUCCGUUACACGGGCAGAUGUCGCAGAAUAAACGGCUCGCGGCGCUCAACAAGUUCAAGAACAAGAGUCGCUCCAUUCUUAUAUGCACGGACGUCGCUUCUAGAGGCUUGGACAUCCCCCAUGUGGAUGUGGUGAUGAACCUGGACAUCCCGCUGCACAGUAAGGACUACAUCCACCGCGUGGGGCGCACGGCCAGGGCUGGACGCGCGGGCAAGGCCAUCACCUUCGUUACACAGUAUGACGUGGAAUUGUACCAGCGCAUCGAACAGCUGAUUGGCAAACAGCUGCCUCUCUACAAGACGGAGGAGAGCGAAGUUAUGGUGCUGCAGGAGAGGGUGGCAGAGGCACAAAGACUCACCAACAUUGAAAUGAAAGAGCUGGAAGACAAGAAGGGGGGCGGUAAAGGAAAGAAGCGCUCGGCCGGCGCGGACUCCGAUGACGACACGGAGGAGGCGGCGGGCGUACGCCGACGGAUACGCGGACGGAAAUCGGAAAAGAAACGAAAACAUAAAUAAAUAUACCAUACGUUAUAUUUAAAACUGGUGUUUCAUUUAUAAGGACCAUGUCGUUUCUUCAUCAUAUUUACUACAUCCCUUCCUUUCUUACGCACGCCAGCCGCCUCCUCCGUGUCGUCGUCCGAGUCCACCCUUCUUGCCUUGCCAUAGGAUUUUUGGCCCGGAAAAAUGUUAGAUUCCUGUGGGAUCAACAAACUGAAGCUGUCGCUACGGCCGCUAUAGGUAAAUUACUCAACUGAGACCUCGUCUGCGGGGUACAGGGUGUGGGGGAAGAAGAGAACGAGGGCCUUGAGCGGCGGGCACUUGUAAUUUUGACAAGAAUGUGCCUGCCGCAUCUUUCCGGGCUAAAAAAGUAUCCUAUGUGAGACAAGAAGCGCUCGGCUGGUGCGGACUCGGACGACGACAUUGUUCAAACAAUAUAUUGAAGAAAACCAAAUUAAAGAUGAUAAGUUUUUUCUUAACCAUGGGCCGAACUGUGAAAACAAUGCCUAAAAAUAUUCAAGCCAAAUUAAAGGGCGAAAUUUUCUGCCUAAUAAAUGAAAUGGAAAUAAGACUUGCCGAUGACACCGGUGAUAACAUAACACAAGAUACAGCUGAAUUCAACUUAUCUGCCACAGGAAAUAAUACAACCAUGCCAUCUUCUUCAAAGUAUCCAUUGGAAACAACCAGUAUCAGUCCUAGAUCUGUGACAGAAAAUUACAACGCCACUAACAUUCCAACCACAUCCUUUUCAUACACACCAUCAAUAAUACCGGCUGCAGAAAAAAAAAUCUAUUAGAUCUUUUUCAUACAAACCAUCCAAAGUACCGUCAACUUCAACAAGUUAUCAAGAAACGAACAGAAAAUAUCUACGAGACAAACUCCCCACUUCCGAUUUAUUCAAACUCAACUUCCAGAUCUAGUUCAUUCGACCCACCUCCGUCGCCUUAUAUACCACACGCUAUGUCGAAAUCACAACAAAGAUCCUCGGACUCUGUAUUGCGUGAAGAGGAUUACGAAACCAAUAUCGAUACAUUUGACUAUUAGAUUAGAUAAAGAACUGUUGUCUUUCAAACUAUUUUUUUUAGAAUAGUGUAUAUGAACAGUAAACAACAAUACAAUUGAACCAUA